UCAGAGAUUUAUGUGACACUUAGAAGGAAAAAGUAAUAAUAUAACAUUUUUGUCUGAAGCCAAAAUUGAUAUUUAAAUUUAUUUCAUUAAUUAUCUUGCCGCUAUGAACUACCAUUCCGUUAAAAUUGUAUCGGAAUAUUCUAGCCGAAAGAGUUUUCCAAAUACUCGAAAUACAAGCAGCCCACUAAAAAGAUUAUUUCAAAUGGUACUAAUCAAGCGUGAAUGCUAUGUUAAUGAUUUGUGGGAGAUUGUGGGUCAUGAGACGGUAUCAACGCGCCUUAAUGAUCGUAGUAAAUUUAAGCGCGCAAUAGAUUGGCUAUUAAAACGAUUGGUAGCUUUGGAUGUAGUGGCCUUUAGCGAACACUUAGGUAUGCAAAUUAUGCCAGAUUCGUUCAAAAUUAUUCGUAUGCCCAACAUUAUAAUUGGACUCCUAAAAUAUUGUGCUGAUAAGCCAACGAUUUUAGUAUAUGGAAAUCUUGAUGUAGAGGAGGCAUCGUUUAAGGACGGUUGGGUAACUGAUCCAUUUGUAAUGAGUGAGCAGGGCAAUUAUUUGUAUGGCCGAGGUGUGGCACUUGACAAGGGACCUCUUAUGUGCUGGCUUAAUGCAGUACAGGCAUACCGUGAUGCUGGGUUACGACUUCCGUUAAACAUUGUAUUCCUUAUUGAAAGCAUGGCGCAUUGCGGAAGCUUAGGAUUGGAAACGGUUCUACAACAACGUAUAAGUUUCUUUCGAGAAGUGUCUUGUGUUGUCAUUGCAGGAAGACGAUGGCAAAGUAAUACUACUCCAUGCAUUAUAUAUGGCUUAAGAGUUGCGAGCAUAGCGGAACUUUAUAUGAGGCAUUUCCCGAUUUGAUUUAUUUGCUUAGUUCACUAGUUAAUUGCCAAAUGCACACAAUAUUUAAAGGAUCGCUCGAUACUUUCCAAAUCGAUCGAAAUGUAUUUCGUAUUACAGAAU